AUGGUGGAGAUGAAGGUGGUGUUGAUGCUUUUACCUAUGGUGGAGAUGAAGGUGGUGUUGAUGCUUUUACCUAUGGUGGAGAUGAAGGUGGUGUUGAUGCUUUUACCUAUGGUGGAGAUGAAGGUGGUGUUGAUGCUUUUACCUAUGGUGGAGAUGAAGGUGGUGUUGAUGCUUUUACCUAUGGUGGAGAUUAAGGUGGUGUUGAUGCUUUUACCUAUGGUGGAGAUGAAGGUGGUGUUGAUGCUUUUACCUAUGGUGGAGAUUAAGGUGGUGUUGAUGCUUUUACCUAUGGUGGAGAUUAAGGUGGUGUUGAUGCUUUUACCUAUGGUGGAGAUGAAGGUGGUGUUGAUGCUUUUACCUAUGGUGGAGAUUAAGGUGGUGUUGAUGCUUUUACCUAUGGUGGAGAUUAAGGUGGUGUUGAUGCUUUUACCUAUGGUGGAGAUGAAGGUGGUGUUGAUGCUUUUACCUAUGGUGGAGAUUAAGGUGGUGUUGAUGCUUUUACCUAUGGUGGAGAUUAAGGUGGUGUUGAUGCUUUUACCUAUGGUGGAGAUGAAGGUGGUGUUGAUGCUUUUACCUAUGGUGGAGAUGAAGGUGGUGUUGAUGCUUUUACCUAUGGUGAUGAAGUGUGUUGAUGCUUUAAGGUGGUGUUGA